AUGGCAGACAGUUUUUACGGACUUCAGUUGGGUCUAAGUGGUUUCUCUGCUAAGAGCGAGGGAGCGGUAUUGAAGCAUGUGCGAGGAUUCAGGCCACAUAGAUUAGCAGAAGAAAAGUUGAAGAGAGAAGGAAAGGAAGUGAAAGAACCACAAUCAUGUAUUUGUAGGAAUGAGUCUCCAGUUGUGUUGGGAAACCGAUACACGAGGAGAAUGACACUGAAAGAGAGCCAGGAAGUAUGGAAGAGGACAAAAGGAAGCACUCCCAACAGUGAGGUGGGGACAGACAGAGAAGAGGACAAAAGAAGCACUCCCAACAGUGAGGUGGGGACAGACAGAGAAGAGGACAAAAGGAAGCACUCCCAACAUGAGGUGGGGACAGACAGAGAAGAGGACAAAAGAAGCACUCCCAACAGUGAGGUGGGGACAGACAGAGAAGAGGACAAAAGAAGCACUCCCAACAGUGAGGUGGGGACAGACAGAGAAGAGGACAAAAGAAGCACUCCCAACAGUGAGGUGGGGACAGACAGAGAAGAGGACAAAAGAAGCACUCCCAACAGUGAGGUGGGGACAGACAGAGAAGAGGACAAAAGAAGCACUCCCAACAGUGAGGUGGGGACAGACAGAGAAGAGGACAAAAGAAGCACUCCCAACAGUGAGGUGGGGACAGACAGAGAAGAGGACAAAAGAAGCACUCCCAACAGUGAGGUGGGGACAGACAGAGAACAGGAGGAGGCCCAAGUUGUGCCAGUAUCAUGUCCACCAGUGGCGACCACCUCUUGGAGAAGAAUCACUCACAUUACCAGCGAGGACUUGCUGCCUGAGAUUAAUGCAAACGAGGAGUUUAACGUGUUGCAACAGAUUUUAAACGACGAGGACAUUUUGCAAUCAGAUGAAUUUACCUCUAGAGAGUCGAGCGAAGAAACUGAAGGAGACCACCACUACAACCUCAACUGUAGAUCCCAAACGCAGCCAUUGUCCAAGACAUAUUGA